GCGGCUGCCUGCAGCGGGAGGAGCGGAGCGGACAGCACUGUCCUGCCGCCCCCGUUCCCGUUUUGCCCUCGGGGUCGCGGCUCUGCUGCUCCCUCAGCCGACUUCUUCACCCGCUAAUAUCGUCAGAAAGCAGCCUGGUUUUGUGGGGACCGUGAGCAUCCGACGAGUGUUUUGCAGCUUCAAGAUGCAGGCUCUCAUAAAUGAGAAGUAAAGUGCUGAGCUAUGGAAACUCGUCGAGAAAAAUCCACUCCGUGUAGCAGGACUUGAGUAGGAAAAAAGGUUGCUUCUCAGUCCAGCAGCAGCCUGUACGGCAGCGUUAUGGACGCAGUGAGCCAGCACCUGCUUUGUUUUAGAGCGAGGGGCACCGCUCGGCAGCCGCGUGUAGCAGUAACACGGGAGGUGUAAAGCUGCUGUGCUGCUUCUCGGGGUCCCUAAGCCUCCAUCGUCCUGUGGAAUGGUGUUUGACGUUUUAAUUGGUUGUUCUUAGUUAGGCUCGUGAAGAGGGUCUACAAGAGAGGUUAAUUCAGCUGUCUUUUUUUUUAUUAAAGUCCCUCUUGAUUGAAAGUAUUUCUGAGAAUUGUAUUGUUUAAAAAAGCAGAGGCAGAAAAAAAGAGCUCAACAAAAGGCAGACUUCCAGCUUAGCUGGGACAGUGGCCAGAGAAGGACCCCGUUCACAUCCUCUGAUAUUCUUGCACUACAAAAUCAGGGUCUGGGUUUCACUCCCAGUGACCAGAGUGUCAUUAACCAACUUGGAAAGUGUUGAGCAGUAGUGAAGUGCUGUUUUCAAACAUACAGCUAUAGAUAGUUGUGACUGGUGAGGAACCUUGGAAGGGUUCUCAAAUCUGGUAUACUGUGUCAGCAGAAAUAAAGGGAAAACCUUUUGUCAUGUGCUAUCUUCUGUAACUGAUUUAAUUCUCACCCCUCUUUAAGGCUUUCUGUCAUAUAUUUUAGCUCCUACCUUAAGUGUUGAAGUUUUAAGACCUAUCUACAAAGAGCGGGUUGCUACCGUUAAUCAUAUUGCCAUUUUCAUGGGAGGUUGGGCAGGUCCCUUCAAAGAGCAAAACAACAAAACAGGGAAAGCAGAGGGGAGAAAACUCCUGGGCUAUGCUGCAAGUGGUCUUAUUUCAGCUUGGUGGGAAUGCACGCAUGCACUUGUGCUUACAGGCAAGCCCAAGUCUCCCCUCCUAGUGCACUUAUUGAAACCAGAUGCUCAUGCCUUCCACCUUUGGCAGUCCUGUCCUAUUAGUUUGUUUUCAAGGAGUGGAAUGAAAAGAUGUGAUUCUCCUUAAAAAUGAAAUCUGAAAUCCUUGUAGAUCUCUUUCAUCUCCCACUCAAACAAGAAAUUGUCUCUAUAAGAUCUAAGAGCUGUGUACCUGCCAGCUCUCCUAAGGAUGGAGAAUGAAUUUCAUAGCAUCACCGAUCUUCUAUGCACUUCUGCUGGCACAUGUGUAGUAGACGUGACAGGAUGGAUUCUUACACACACAUCUGUGAAGUUAUUGACCUUCUUCCAUAUGCCAACAAGAGAGUGGUAACAAGCUUCCUGCAACAAGCACUUGGGGAUCCUACGCUGAAUGAAGUGUUCUUGCUUUCAGUGUUCAAACUGCAGCCAAAGAGCACAACCACCAUAUUUGACCUAUAUUCACCAGCUGAUGACAGGCAGUAUUUUGAGUUUACAGUAAUGGGACGGAUGAAUAAAGUGGUGCUUCGCUAUCUGAAGAAUGAUGGGAGAUUGAACUCGGUGAUUUUUAGCAAUGUACACCUGGCUGAUGGGAAACCCCAUGCUGUCAUCUUGUGGCUGAGUGGCCUGCAGCAGGAAUUGUGUACAAUAGAGUUGUAUCUGGACUGUCUGCAAGUAGGUGCCAUUCAGGACCUGCCAAAAGCAUUUUCAACUCUAUUGGAGAGAUCGGCAGCAGUAGAGUUACGCACCUUCCUGAAGAAACCAGAGGAUACACUGGAUGAGCUGAAGCUGGUAACUGGAGGAACACUUGCCCAGGCAAGAGACCUGCAAGACUGUUUUCUUCAACAGAUUGAAUCUGCUCCUCAGUACACUGGUGAUUUUAAUAGGCAGCUGAUGAAUCAGAUGGUGCAAAUGAACCAGAUACUGGGAGAGGUGAAAGACCUUCUCAAACAACAGGUCAAGGAAACAACUUUUUUGAGAAAUACCAUAGCUGAGUGUCAAGCAUGUGGUUUGGGAACUGCGAAUUUUCCAACUCCGCUUCCUAGGCAUACCAAACCCAAGUGUGAAGCAAGUUCCUGCUUCAGGGGUGUCAGGUGCAUGGAGACAGCUGAAGGAAUUCAGUGUGGCCCGUGCCCUGAGGGACUCACAGGGAAUGGAGUGACAUGCUCUGAUGUUGAUGAGUGUCGUUACAGCCCCUGCUUCCCUGGAGUGCGUUGUGUCAAUACUGCUCCAGGUUUCCGUUGUGAGACCUGUCCCCCAGGAUAUACAGGACAAACUUUGCAAGGAGUAGGACUCAGCUAUGCCAAGAACAAUAAGCAGGUCUGCUUAGACAUUGAUGAAUGUCAGAAUGGUGGGCAUGGAGUCUGUGUUCCAAAUUCUCAAUGUAUAAACACUUUGGGCUCUUAUCGCUGUGGCCAGUGCAAAUCAGGAUACACAGGCGACCAAAUCAGGGGGUGCCAGGCUGAGAGAAGCUGCAGAAGUCGAGCCCUCAAUCCAUGCAGUGUCCAUGCCCGGUGUAUUGAGGAAAGGCGAGGAGAAGUGACAUGUAUUUGUGGCAUUGGCUGGGCUGGUGAUGGUUAUAUUUGUGGAAAAGAUAUUGACAUUGAUGGCUACCCUAAUGAAGAGCUCUCUUGCCCUUCUGAAAGCUGCAGAAAGGACAAUUGUAAGUUUGUCCCAAACUCUGGACAAGAAGAUGCUGAUGAUGAUGGGAUUGGAGAUGCCUGUGAUGAAGAUGCAGAUGGAGAUGGCAUUCCCAAUGAGCAGGAUAACUGUGUCUUGACUCCUAACGUUAACCAGAGAAAUAGUGAUGAAGAUAUCUUUGGAGAUGCCUGUGACAACUGCCGCAGUGUCCUGAAUAAUGACCAAAGGGACACAGAUGGUGAUGGGAAAGGAGAUGCUUGUGAUGAUGACAUGGAUGGAGAUGGUAUUAAGAACCUUUUAGAUAAUUGUCAGAGGAUCCCCAACCAAGACCAGGAGGACAAGGAUAACGAUGGUGUUGGUGAUGCCUGUGACAGCUGUCCUACAGUCAGCAAUCCAAAUCAGUCAGAUGUUGACAAUGACCUGGUUGGAGAUUCUUGUGAUACCAAUCAGGACAGUGAUGGCGAUGGGCACCAGGAUAGCACAGACAACUGCCCCACCAUUAUCAACAGCUCCCAGCUGGACACAGAUAAGGACGGGCUGGGUGACGAGUGCGAUGAGGAUGAUGAUAAUGAUGGCAUUCCUGAUCUCUUGCCACCAGGCCCUGACAACUGUAGGCUAGUCCCCAACCCAGGGCAGGAAGAUGAUAAUGGUGAUGGAGUUGGGGAUGUCUGUGAGUCUGAUUUUGACCAGGAUACAGUAAUUGAUCGGAUCGAUGUCUGCCCUGAGAACGCAGAGAUCACCCUGACGGACUUCAGGGCCUAUCAGACUGUGGUGCUGGACCCAGAGGGAGAUGCACAGAUUGACCCCAACUGGGUGGUUCUAAACCAGGGCAUGGAAAUUGUGCAGACUAUGAACAGUGAUCCUGGCCUUGCUGUUGGUUACACUGCUUUUAAUGGUGUUGACUUCGAGGGCACUUUUCAUGUGAACACGGUGACAGAUGACGACUACGCUGGUUUUAUUUUUGGCUAUCAAGACAGCUCUAGUUUUUAUGUGGUAAUGUGGAAACAGACUGAACAGACAUACUGGCAAGCAACUCCCUUCAGAGCUGUUGCAGAGCCUGGUAUUCAGCUGAAGGCUGUGAAAUCAAAGACAGGCCCUGGUGAGCACCUACGCAACUCCCUCUGGCACACGGGGGACACCAGCGACCAGGUCAGGCUGCUGUGGAAGGACCCUCGAAAUGUGGGGUGGAAAGACAAAGUCUCCUACCGCUGGUUCUUGCAGCACAGACCCCAGAUUGGGUAUAUCAGGGCAAGAUUUUAUGAAGGCUCUGACCUGGUAGCGGACUCUGGUGUAACUAUAGACACCACAAUGCGUGGAGGACGGCUUGGAGUUUUCUGCUUUUCUCAGGAAAACAUUAUCUGGUCCAACCUGAAAUAUCGCUGUAACGACACCAUCCCAGAGGACUUUCAAGAAUUUCAAGCUCAGCAAUUUGGCGUUGGGGAUAUUUAAGAAGUAAAAGCAAACUAGUAUUGCUUUAUUGUUUGCAGUAACAAUGUAUUUUAAAUCCUUAUAUGAUUGUUGUAAGAGUGCACACUUCAGCUUGUUCUUAUUGAUGUGAUUAUGUCAGACUUUUUUUGUAUAAAAGUGAAAAUAAAAAGGAGACAAAAACA